GUCCGUGCAGAGGGGAGACGCUCGCGUUCCGCCAGCUUUCUACCAAAACCGAGAGCGCGCAAAAAGGGGGACUUUUCCAUCUCUCUCGCUUUUGAGGAGGAUUUUAAAGCACACUUUUUUUUAUUAUCGUUAUUAUCAUUUUUCGAUCGGGGCCGUAGAGGAAAGCAAAAACAAAAACAAAAAAAAAUCACGGGUUAUUUUGGAGAAAGAACAAUGUCAGCGACCUUCCCGGGACUUGUCCACGACGCAGAGAUACGUCACGACGGUUCAAACAGCUACCGGCUCAUGCAGCUCGGUUGUCUGGAGUCGGUGGCCAACUCCUCGGUCGCCUACUCCUCCUCGUCGCCGCUCACCUACCCGGCGCCGGCGGGGACGGAGUUCGCCUCGCCCUACUUUUCGGCCAACCACCAGUACACGCCCCUGCACCACCAGUCCUUCCACUACGAGUUCCAGCACUCGCACCCGGCCGUGGCCCCGGAGGCCUACGGGCUCAACUCGCUGCACUCGGGCCAGUACUACCAGCAGAUCCACCACGGGGAGCCCGCCGACUUCAUCAACCUGCACAACGCGCGCUCGGCCCUCAAGUCCUCGUGCCUGGACGAGCAGCAGCGGCGCGAGCUGGGCUGCCUCGACGCCUACCGGCGGCAUGACUUGUCGCUGAUGACGUCACACGGCUCUCAAGCCUACGGCGUCGGCAUGCACCACCCGGACCAGAGGCUGCUGCCUGCCGCCGGCCUAGGCCUCCCUCCGCCGGCGGCAGACGACCUACAGGGCUCCGUGGAGGCGCAGUGUGGGCUCGUACUGAACGGCCAAGGGGGCGUCAUCCGGAGAGGGGGGACGUGCGUGGUGAAUCCCACAGACCUUUUCUGCUCCGUACCGGGCCGGCUCUCGCUGCUCAGCUCCACCUCCAAGUACAAAGUCACCAUCGCUGAGGUGAAGAGAAGACUGUCCCCGCCAGAGUGCCUCAACGCCUCCUUGUUGGGCGGCAUCCUGCGCAGAGCAAAGUCCAAGAACGGCGGCCGAUGUCUCCGUGAGAAACUAGAUCGCUUAGGCCUCAACCUGCCAGCGGGAAGAAGGAAAGCUGCCAACGUCACCCUGCUCACCUCCCUGGUGGAAGGUGAGGCGCUCCACCUGGCGAGGGACUUCGGCUACACCUGUGAGACAGAGUUUCCCAGCAAGGCGGUGGGAGAACAUUUGGCGAGGCAGCACAGUGAGCCGAAAGAGACCAACGCGCGCAAGAAAAUGGUCCUGGCAACAAAGCAAAUCUGUAAGGAGUUCCAGGACUUACUGAGCCAAGAUCGCUCUCCUUUGGGCUCCUCGAGACCGACCCCCAUCCUGGACCUGGACAUCCAGAGACACCUCACGCACUUCAGCCUGAUCACUCACGGCUUCGGUACGCCGGCGGUCUGCGCAGCACUCAGCACCUUCCAGACGGUCCUGAGCGAGAUGCUCAACUACCUGGACAAAAACUCGAGUGGGAAAACGAGCGGACCUAACGAGCAACAAAUCAACAACAGCUCGGAAAAGACGCAGCUCCGGAAAACAGCCGAAUCCCAGAACAAGGACGGAAAGUCAGAAAAGACUGAGUAGCCCCCCCCCCCCCCACUCCCCCCCUCCCAAAACACUCACACACCUGGUUGCCGUGCCUUGGAGCGCUGAAUCUUAGGAGUGUAUUUGUGUAUGAGAGUGUGUGUGUGUGUGCAUGUGUGUGUGUGUGUGGGAUCUCAUAGUGGAGUAACUCCCACACUUUUUGAAUAUCUUCUUAAGGACAUAUUUAUUCCUAUUUAUUUAUCUUAUGUUGAAGUCUAACACUAAUUCAAACGUCCCAAACCUGAAGAGCGAGGAUUACAAAAGCUCAAAAGAGCUUCCCCACGGAGACUGCUGGGACUCGUCUGAAACUUCUUGUUCCUUAUUUAUUUCUUCUGAAAAUUGUUGUACUUUUCUAGGUCAGGAAUGUGAACGACCAGCUACACAAAGACAAGAUUGCCAAAACUGGAAAUGUUUUUUCUGCUCUGAUUAUUGACUAGUUCAGAUUUUUUUUAUUUUAGGAGUAAUUGGUUGCAAAUCAUUUGCAAAGUUCAACAUUUUUGCUUUAAUUUUGAAUGAAUUUAAAUUUGUGAUUCCCUGCGCUUUUAGCAGAUCAGCUCUGAAUGCAAAGAAAUCUCCAAAUCUCAUCCCAGCACACAAACUCCCCCGUUACUCACAAGGACACUUGAACCAGAUCAAUUGGGCAUUUAUUUUAACAGCGCCUCGCCAAAGUCUUCAUGCCCUCUGGAAUUUUGCACAGUUUUUCAUGUUACAACCACAAACGUCUAUGUUUUGGAUUGGCUUUUAUGAGACAGAGCAAGAAAUAGAAGGGCAUAACUGUAAAAUAAAGGGAAGACAACAGACAAUUAUAUGUUUUCCAAAUAAAAAUUUGAGAAGUGUA